AUGAAACCCGACUUCAAUUUCGAUCUCAAUACCGAGUUAUCUGAUGUACGAAAGAACGAUCAAGAAAUACGUAGUACAUUGAACGAUUUGAUCCAAUAUCUCUCAAAAGAUAUUGUACAAAAGAAUGAUGAUCAACAGACAACCAUUAAUCUUGAUGAUAUUGAUUCAAAGUUGCCAGUCAAUAUUCUCCAACCGGUCCUCAAUGCUCGUCUGGAACAACGUUUGUACGAUAUUGAGGAAAGAUUAAAGCCAGUUGAACGUGAUAUAGCUGUUAAUAACGAACGAGUGGAUGAAAUGGAAAUAAUAGAUAUAAUAGAUCAUUCAAUCUUCGAUUUCUAA